AUGGCGCUCGAUGGUGCUGUCCUCUCCUCCGUCCUCGAGACGCUCCAAAGCGCCCGUACCACCCUCCCCGCCCUCAUUGCUUUCGCUCUCGAGCAGGUGGCGUCCGAGGGCACAAACUCCUUCGAUGACGCCACUAUCGGCACUGCCGAAAGCCUUCUCGACACGCUCUUCACUGCAAAACACACCCGGGCCGCAACGAGAGAGUGGCUCGGUGCCCAGUCCACCGCCCUCUUCACGGAGGAACUCGAGAUUCUCACCCACCGGCCUACAGCCAAGUUCAAUGCGGCACACGCCACGAUCAAGCAACUCGAGGAGGUCGACAUCGAGGCACUAGCACAGGGAAUGGAGCACCACGCGCCAUAUCUUUGGGCCACAUUCGAUGCUCUUUUGAGCCCAUCGGAAGAGCUUGUGCACUAUCGGGCCCGCAAACGCGCCGAGUACCGCGCGAGACAGGGCAGGAGCACUGUGGAGAUGGAGAUUGACCAGGAGGGUGUGGUUGAGAUCAGCGAAAUGACAAUGCAGGUCGUCGGGGACAUUGUUAUUCUUGCGCUGAACUCUGGCGGACGCCUGGUGUUGCUCGAUUGGCGUCGCGGCACGUGCGUUCUCGACUGGUCGUUUGCUCACGCGCUGUCCUUGCACUUCCUCACACCUCGUCUUUUCCUGCUCGUUUCUGCGCCAGAUCCGCCCGCGCUGGAUGAUUCGGACUGGGCCGACCACGACGACGGAGCUAUCCACGUGUAUGUCCUUCCUGACAGCUUGGCGCCCGGGGUUACCCCAGAACUCGUCGCAAAGUUGCACUUCCCGCCAAGAUCGACAGCCCAGGUCUGUCUCGGCGGUGCCUCGCUCUUUUCCGGGCCGUAUAUGGCCCGUAUUCCGUCGGACAAGCCGCUUUAUCAGGACAAUGACCGUCGUAUCGUCUCGCUUGUCGCGCAAUAUGAACCCGGCGGAUGGAUGCGCAUAACGUUCCAUAUCCGCACGGUUUUGCAGUUGGUAGCGCAGUGGCGUAUAGACGGGAAGGAAAAGACAGUGAAAUGGAAUGAGUGGGGCCCCCGGGAGGCGAGGAUGUUUACCGGGAACGCGGUGGGAUUGUUCUGGCCGAGACAUGUACACGGAGAGCGCAUCAUCCUGCCGAGCGACUCCACCCACGCGCUCCGCAUUCUCGACUUCAACAUGCCGCGGGCCCUACCGGUGGACGAGAACAACGAAGACGUUCUGCUUGCGCAGAGCAAGCAUCCGUACCCGGGCCGGCUCCGGGGCGUACUGUCCGUCACGGACGUCGAAGAUGAGGGGCAAGAGGAUAACGAUGAAGACGAGGAAGUACUGCAUGACGAGAUGGGGUGGUGUCAGCCCCGCGUCAGCGCGCUGGUUCAACCUGGGUUGGACGCGGCUGAGAAACCGCAGACGAUUAACGCGGGGGUUUUCAUGUCAGCGAUGCACACGCGGAUGCCGUAUCGGGAGACCCGGCGGGCUCUGAGGCCUGCAAAAGGCAGAAAAAAAGUGGAGACACAUGGCAUGCUCGUAAUGGACGAGCAGUGGGUGGUUGCAGCGGACACGACGAAGAAUACUACGGAUGUUGUCUUUUUCAAGAUCUCGCUAGAUGACAACAGUGAAUAA